UCCUCUCGGGCAGCUCCAGGACUCUGGCAGGGAUGGGGAAGUCUCCUGGGCCUCGCCCCCGAGCACCCCACGGGCUCGGGGGUUCCUGCGCCCCGCGGCUUCAAGACGUCUGUGUUUGCAGUGAGCCCCAGGACUGGCAGGGCGUGUGCAUCCGGGCUCGUGGCCCCUACUCCCAAUGCUCAGCCUCGGAGGCGCAAAAGCUCGAAGGUCUGGUCAGUGCGGACCCCAGGCCUACAGGGCCUAGGUCGGGAACCCAGUCUCCCUGCAUCCCCAGCCUCCCUCUCUGCAGCCACGCAAGCCCUCGGCGAAGCCGUCCGGAGAGUUACCGCGGAGGCCCAGGCGAGAAGACUAAAGAGGCUGCGGGACUCCGUGGCCGGGGCGGCUGCUCUCCGCCCGCCCGCGCCGCUCGCUCCAGCUGCUGCCUUUCCCGCGGCACGUCGCAACGGGUCCCCGGGCCCGCGUGCGGUUGGCGGAAGCCGGAGGAAGAUGGCCCGGGCGCGAGUCCUCCCCGGAGACCUGCUGGGGGCCGCUGCAGUCUGAGGAGCCCGCGCCCCCGCGCCGCGCGCCGCGCCCGCUCCCGGAUCCGCCGGGACUGCUCACGGCACCUUCCGGGCGGCAGGAGGCUCCUCCUGCUCCGCGGCCGCCCGAGUUCGCCCAGAAAGGUGCAGUGCAGAGCGAGGCUGCGGGGAGCACCAUGCCCCAGGGCGGCGAGGCAGGAGUGCGGCCGAGCCCCUACCUUUCUCGCGGGGCGGACACCAGACCCACGCCCUAGCCGAGUGUCCCGGACAGGAAAAUUACCGCGAAGGGAGGGCCGAGGAAAGACGGCGGGUGACUUCAGGACAAGAGGACAUUUUGGCCUCAAGCCAACAGCAACCUAGAAGAGAGGAGGAGGAGGAGGAGGAGGAGGAGGGAAAAGAAUGCAGGAUCUUUUAUGUGGCUCCUAGUGACCUUGGUCAACACAGGAAGGAAUCCUAGUUGCUGAGCAGCUCCCUGUACAGACUGAGACAAGGUUGGACUCUUUUUAGAGUCUUGUGGGGCCAGUCUCCAAAAUGACUACAUCAUGGAGCAGCUUUCUCAGAGCUCUUAUUCACUGAUAGCAAAGGUGAGAGAGGUCUGGAGUGUUGUUUCUGUUUAUGGCCUGUUCCUGGCUCCCAGGAGAGGAGGGAGUUAUCUACCCUUCCCAUGUGUCUGUGGAGUCUCUCUUCUCAUUUGUAUUCCAGUCCCAUGACUGGUCAUCUGUCAAAUUAAUACAGGUACCCUUAUAAUGCUGGGUAUUUACAUAGUCUGUCAAUUAUGCUAAACAGUUUUAGCUUGCACUUUUGUCUCUCAUGUCAUUAAUAGUCAGAUUUACCCCAUUUCACUCAUGAGUAUUUGUAAAAACAUUUCUGAAUGUUUGAUUUUUCACAAAAAGCACCUAUUGACUUUUAACUAAAAUGAAGAUAGGUUUUUCAAAUCAUUUUUUAUAUUAGGAAAUCUGUCAUGUCAGUGCUUAGUAACGUGUCAAAUUGAGCUUUCUUUAUUGAGAAAGGAGAGUCGGUUGUUUAUCUGGGAAUAAACAGUGAUAAAAACUAGCGUCAUGAAGAGGUGUCUGCACCAUUUUCAUCAGAACCUUGUCAGUGACAGUGUUUUGGAUAUCUAUUAGACUCAACCUCAAAAUUAAAGAAAUUCAUCUACUGCAAAACUUGCAGGAAUUCUCACAUUACCACAAGGAUGUUUAUGAAGGCUGCUUGUGAGACUGAGCCACACCAAUGGAAUGUAAAGUUGGUGCUGGGGAUUCCAUCAGAACCACUACCUGUGCAUACUCAGACCUCUCCAGCUUUCUGCCCUUACUGAAGAUAAGCAGAGGAUAUAGGAAAAAGAAAUAAGGGAAUAUCUUUGGAAAGAUGUCAGGAGCUGAUCAGACCCCUGACUACCUGUAUGGAGGAUGACAGAAAAUGAAAGAAAGAGACAGAGACAAUAUUCAAUAGGCAAUGGGGGCCCAGAGGAAUCUGCCUCUAGUGGAUAGGCUCAAUGAACUCCACAGUAGACCUCCUUUUAUUAUUCAGCAAGAACCAUGGAGGGUGGUAGUGUACUUUUCCAGGAAGACUGCAGUAAGAUUAGGGUAAUAAAAUAAGGAGCAAGUUCGGCAUCUCAAGGGGCCCCCCCAUACCUGGAUGACUGCAUUUUAUAUUACCCUCAGCAGAUGCUAUCUUGCCUCAGGAGAUCUGUAAUUACAGCUUUCCCACAGUCAGGAAGUCUGUAACCUUUUGUAUACUGUUCCUCCUGCAAGUCAACACUGAGCCUCAGACUGCCAGGCCUGGGGCCUGGCCCCUGGCCCCCACCAAUCUAUGCAUAUCAUGGCUAGUCCCCAAGGGAAAGAUGCAAAUGUGAAUUCACAUUUAUAUCCCUGCCAGAGGCUAUACCUAUUAUUUUAUGAAGAUUAUAUUGUUUAUUACAUGCAGCAACCAUAUGUACUAAUUACCAUUAUCCCCAUUUUCCAGAUGAGAAAUUGAAAACUCAGAGAAAUUUCAUAAUUUGCCUAAAAGUCUAGAGCUAAUUUGUAUCAAAACUAGGAGAGAUUAAGUGCUAAACCCCUCUUUUUAUACCCAUGACACAGUACCUUUGUCUUCAGGAAAUGAUUCACAUGAGAAAAAUCAAUGUCUAUUAUUCUGGAGUAUGACAUUUCAGAAAAACAUUUACAUACACAGUAAAUUGAAUGAGACUCAUAUAAAUUCCUAUUUAGUCUUUUAUGAAUGGGAUUCAAGCUGCCAACUGAAGUGGAAUUAUAGUUAUUUCCAGUUUCCAUUGUUAGGACUCUGGUUCCUUAAAACCAAAAUGUUUUCCCCAGGUAUAUAUAGAAUAUUGGUACUGAAACCUUUCUUCAGGACACCAGUUAUCAUUCCUCCUGGCAGAGCCAAUGCUCUUUCACACCUGAACUCACUUUUGGAGAUAGAUCCCAUUUUAAGGUUAAGUGUAAUGACAUUAACAGUAACUUUAGAGACAUCAGGCUUAUUACAGAGGAAACACAGUUUCCUAAGACCAUGCAAAUGCAAUACUUCAAUUCUUCAUUUUUAUUCCUUACUGGGAAUUAUUUAUUAUAUUACAGGAUGUUAUAGAUACAAGAGUACCAGUAUCAAGGAGAAAGAGCCAUAGGUAGAACCACUUGCAGUGACUAAAAUGUGCUCAACUUUCCCCACCCACCAAGUUUGCAUGUUGAAAUCCUAACUCCCAAUGUGAUAGGAUUAGGAGAUGGAGCCUUGGAAAGGUAAUUGGGUCAUGAAAGUGGAGCUCUCAUGAAUGAAAUUAAUGCCCUUAUAAAAAGGACCCCAGAAACCUCUCUGACUCUCUUUCUACCAUAUAAAGAUAUAAGAAGACAACUGUCUGCAGCCUGGAAUAAAACCCUCACCACAGCCAGACUUUGCUAGUGCCCUAAGCCCAAACCUUCAGCCUCUAAAACUAUGAGGAAUUAAUAUCUAUUGUUUAUAAGCCACCAGUUUAUGUGUCUUUGGCAACCCAAACUAAGACACCAGUUGUGAGGAUUUAAAUUACAAGUAAAAGGUUAAAACUGGCAAUUAUUACCAGUGACUUAAACCAGUAAUCUGUUUUAUUUCAGCUUUUAUAUCUUCUUAUAAACAUUUCAAAAAUUUUUAUGCUCAUUGUGCCAUCUGGGUAGCAGUCUUUCCAAACCCUCCAUUGCCUUAUGGCAUUGACUAUUAAUUGUGACAAGUAUGUGAACUACGUAGUGGUGUACUGACCAUCCAAGCAUCUAUCUGCAGUGCAUCAAAAGUGCUAAACACUGAUGACUUUAAUCUGCAUCAUCAUUUUAUUAUUUAUUAUCUCAUAAAAUGAAAGACCUAUAUUCCUGCCUUAGUGGCUAAAAGAAGCAUGUGUAGUUAUUUUUGCUUGGAGAAAGAGAUGGUAACACCCAAGAUUCAGUUGUAUGCCUCUGUGGUUAUCAUAUGAUAAAUCAGUGCAUUUUGAACAAAUCAAAUAAGUUUUUGACUUUGGAAUCAUAAAAUUUUGUAUAACAGAUAAAAGUUUUUACUAGAUAUAAAGUUGAAUAUUUUGAAUUUUCCUGGGCUCAUUAAAGCCAAGAGUUUUGCCACUGAAAAUCUGUCACAUAGUCCAAAUUUUAAUCCACAGGCUGGAAAAUAAAAACAGAAUCGUGUGUAGUUAUUGAGCACUGAGAAAAAGGGUUUGCAAUCAUUAUUAAAUAGUAACAAACCUGGUAAGUAGAUAUUAUUGAGAUAAUACAAAGAAAUAAAAAAUAAGGAUAAAUCCAGAUUAACUUCCAAGUUUCUGAAUUUCAUAAAAUCAUGACCCAUUAAUGUCUUUGGUUUGUUUUUUAAAAUUUUCAUACUAAAUUUCAAUUUUUUAUUACAUUAAAAUUUCUAAAUUUUUUUCUAGAAGAAAGUAUGGUUUCUUACUGUCCUUAAAAAUAAAGCUCCAUCCAGGAAUAGCCUGUUGAGUGAAAAUAGAGUCUGAUGAAGUGCCUUGUGUACCUUCCUAGCUCUUCUUUUUGUAAAUGUUAUUUCAGACAGGGUUUAAUACAGUAAAACCUUAGAUUGUGAGUACAUUGUUCUGUGAAUGUUCUGCAAGAUGAGAAAACAUUUCUAAUAAAAUUUAAAUUGAUAAAUGAGUGAUAUCUUGCAAUAUGAGUAUGUAAGUAAUAGUGACACUGAGCAUCACAUGAUUGCAACUGAGCCAAUGGUUCCUCCCCCCACCUCCCUCAGAUUGUGGGUGAUUGUCACAACAGCAAGGAGUUAGGAAGAUCUCAUCUGCAGGGGAGACGAGAAAAAGGUGGAAGAAUCUCUCACCUCAAAUGAGAUUGGGGAAAUGUGUAAAAUAUGGGAAACAGGGCAAAAUUUUGGUAAAAAGCACCACCUGAAUAAAGUUGUAGCAGUGCGAGCAAUAAAUCUAACAGCAAUACAAUGUCAUAUUUCUGAGAAAUCCUCAAAAGGAGGCCAAAGCAAUUGUCAUUAAAUAGGUUCCUUGUUAAAGUUCCCCGAAAAGAAAGAGAUUCUAUUGAGCCAAUAGAUAGCAGUGAUUCCUACAAAAUAAGCUUCCUCUCUCUUGUCUCCCUCACACCAGCCAUGAAGGUUUUUAAAGAUAAGUGCAGGUUAAUUUAUUUUAUUUAUAUUUUAUAUUUUAUUAUUUUGAAUUAUAUUACAGUACUAUAAUCAUUUUAUAUGAAUAUUUUUGGGCUGUGGAACGAAUCAUCAGAGUUUCCAUUGUUGUGGGGAAAUUCACUUUGAUAUACAAAUGCUUUGGAUUACAAACAUAUUUCUGGAAGAAAUUAUGCUCACAAACCAAGGUUUUACUGUGCUUGCUUUUAUAAUUGAGUAGACUUCCCCAGAUUGUUUUUUAUUGGAAGAUAUUAAUCUGAAUUCCAAGAACAAAGGAUUCCUAGGCAAAUAAGAUUGAAGUUGUGGGACUGUAUAACUUUGUAAUCAUAAAACUCUCCUAGCCCCAAUUGUGAUUGAAUGUGAGUUAAUAGUUAAAGAUGCUUGUUAGUUCUGGAACACAAGAUAAAGUCUGUAACAAACAUAGAGUUCCUAAGUGAAUUACCCAUCUCCUUGUUUGUCCGAAACCGAUGUUCUGGACACAGCUAUCUAUAAGACAAUCUGCAAACAUCUUUUGACCAUCAACAUUUUUUUUCUCUUUUCUGUAAGUUCUGCUUGCUAACUUCCCCUGCAACCCCCUAUAAAAACAGCCUCGGAC